AUGAAGUUGAGAAAUCGACGGCCCCGCAAUGUUAUGACCGAUUCAAACUCGACGAGUCUCGAUUCUGAAACCCCGCUGUUGGUCCGAGAUAAUAACAUGGGCCAGGUGCUGAGACAAGUGGGAAUACUGCUCAAGAAGGAGCUGCUGAUCAUAUCCAGAAGCAAGUUAUGGUUCUUCUUCGAGAUUCUGGCUGGGCUUCUGUUAUUGCCACUGAUUAUAUUCAUUGUUGCUGUAAGUUGGGUUUUUUUAGUGUUUUUGGUUUUUAGGUAACAAAGGCUAAUCAAUUUAAUAGCUAUUAUUUCAAAGGGAUGGGAGUUUGUUUCUACCGAAUUUUAAUGAUAUAUAUAUACUGAUUGACAUAACUUUAUUUAGAAAGCCGGAGGUGGUAUUCAAAAAAGUCAAAGUUUUGGACCAGUAAGCCUUCACGGAAAUGCCAAAGAUAUUCAAACACAAGUCAAAAGUAUUGCCAGGAUUUAUGUCAGGUGGUGUGGGUCAAAGAAGAUCAUUGGCUACAGGCAAGUGAUGUUGAACAUGGAUAUGUGACUAUAUAUAUGCAUAUGGUGUCUUACGAAUAACGUUUUUUGAUAAAUUUUUUGCUGGAUGUGUACCUAAUUGAUAAUAUUUACGUUUUAGUGGUGCUGAUACGAACCUGACGUCAACGUUGAUGCAGAAGAUUGAAUUAAGAUUUAAUCAGAAGCCAACUACACUGAUGUCAAAGCCAUUUUCAAGUGUUGAUGACUUGAGGAAAGAGUUGUUGAAGGAUUUGAACAACACUUCAGACAAGAUGUGCGGAAAGUAUUUGGGUAUGUUUUUAGUAUUCUCUUUAGAUAUUAAAGAGUAAAAUCAGGUUUAAAUAUCAUAGUUUGGAAAUGAGGUAGUAAUGACUGUAAUUGGUUUUGCAAUUAGUGGUAACAGAUCUAAACUUUUCUAUAUUUAGGUGGAGUUCACUUUGAAAAUGUUGAUGCAACGACAAAGCAACUGAAUUAUCGUAUCUUGUUUCCUAGUAGAAUGGAACAGAACUGGCAUCUGAAGGAUUUCUGGCCAGAAGAUGGACCGUACAGUGCGUCAGCUGACUUCAAUUACAUUCCUAGUGAACCACAAUAUUGGUCCAGUGGAUUCUUGAGUCUACAGUUUGCUAUUGAGAGCUCUUUCUUGGAGGUAUAGUUAUUUUAAUGUUAUAGUUUUUCUGGAUAACAAAAAAAUGACUAAAAGUAUCAUUUACUGCAGCAGUUACUGUAAUGUCUCUUUGUUUAGAUGGUAGGCCAACCAGUGGAUGGACCAGUAUUCCUGCAACGAAUGCCGACAGCCGAGUUCAAAAAUUCUCAGAUUAUCGCAUUUUUGAAACGAACACCCACUUUAUGGCUGAUUUUGGUACUAAUGUCAUUAGUACAUACAGUCAAGAACAUUGUGGCUGAGAAAGAUGCAGGAGUCAAGACUUUCAUGAUGGCCAUGGGUCUAAACUCAGUUUCUUUCUAUGGAUCACACUUUCUGAUUGGGCUGUUUAAGGUUGGAAUCACCAUGAUAAUAUGUGCUGGAACUUUCAGUAUUGGGCUGGUGGUAAGUAUUUUGAUGGUUUAUAAAAUGAAAAAGUAAUUUUUUUGUCGUAUAAUCAAAAAAGGCUUAAAAUUUGUUUUUUUUGUCAUAAUUUUCUUUUCAGUACGUUAGUGCAUCAUUGUUUGUCGCAUUAUCACUACUUUUUGCUAUUGCUGCAAUUAUGUUUGGCAUAUUGGUAUCAGCGUUAAUCAGAAAGCCUACUCUUGCCUUGAUAACAACCUUGAUUGGCUGGAUCUUCUUUAUGAUUGUUGAUGCACUGUACAGUGUAUCCCUUAUCCAGAUUCCUCAAUGUUUCUUGGCUUCACUCAACGUCUACACUGCUUUUAAACUUGGCAUCACGGCGAUUCGUAUGAGUGAAACUACAACAUCUUACCUUGGAUGGCUGAAUAUGUUCACCAACUCUAGUCACACAUUUACAGUUGGACUGGCCAUGAUCAUGAUUAUUCUGGACAUUGUAGUUAUGAUGUUGUUGGCUUUGUACCUAGAUGCGGUUCUACCAACUGACUCUAGUCCACGAAAACAUCCAUUGUUUAUACUUGGAUAUCAAUAUCACAAUGAGUUGUUGUCAGAUGGACACGAUCAAGUGGAUUCAGAAGAGUACAACGAGAAUGUAGAGCCGGAUUCAGCUAUGGGCAAAGAUAUGGCUGACAUUGAUAUCAGGCAUAUGAGCAAGAUAUGGGAAGGAACCGGCCAGCGAGCGGUUGAUGAUCUGAGCUUCAGGGCUUAUAGGGGACAGGUAGGUCGUGGUGAUUAAGAUAAAAGUAAUUUUUCUUUUAGAUUUGGUAAAAUACGACAGUUUCAAUUUAUAAUUAUUUUGUUUUAAAAUUUUAUGAUAUUUUUUGUAAUAAACUUUAGUUUUUAUUAUUUUAGAUUACCGUACUGCUCGGCCACAAUGGAGCAGGCAAAUCCACAACCUUCUCUGUAAUCUCAGGAUCAACCAAGCUGACUUCAGGUUCAGUCUACAUUUGUAAAAAUGAUUUGCGACAGAAUCUACACGAUUGUCAGAGGAACGUCGGCUUUUGUCCUCAAUAUAAUCCACUGUUUCCACGACUGACUGUAGCCGAGCAUUUACGAUUCUACGCUAAGUUGAAGUCAGAUGAGAAGUCGCAUGCUGUGGAGGCUGAAAUUGAGGAAAUCACUGGACAGAUUCAGUUACAGAAGAAGCUGGAUACGGUAAGUAAUUUUGUAUUUUGGAGGUUAAGGAUUGCAGUACUCUUUUAUCCUUGUUUGUACUAUUUUUAAGUAUUGUAUUACUAUUUUUUUUGUUUUUACUGUUUUACUUUAAAGUACGGCAGUUUGAAAUCUAAAUUGAGUUUAACAGUUUAAUUUUAGCUAGCCGAAGCCUUGAGCGGAGGAAUGAAACGCAAACUUUGUGUAGCAAUGGCUUUGAUCGGAGACAGUCGAGUGGUCCUUCUAGACGAACCGACAGCCGGCAUGGAUCCAGAAGCUCGUAAUGAUGUAAGAAUCAUGUUGGAAAAGGCCAAAAAGCACAGAACUAUUCUUCUCACCACUCACUACAUGGACGAAGCCGAUCUUCUGGGUGAUCGAAUUGGAAUCAUGGUCAAAGGCCGAAUGAUCUGCAAUGGAUCUCCGGAAUUCCUGAAGCAUCGGUUUGGCACCGGAUACAUUCUGACUUUUACUGUGGAUCAAACUUACAAAAUGGAGCCGAUUCAGACGACAGCCGAGAGGAUUUUAAGAGUAGCGAAGAAACAUACUCCAGAGGCAAAGCUAGACGUGGAUAAUAUCACUCCACACGAGUUCAGCAUUGUUUUACCGGUCGACAAGAAGAAGUAGUGAGUUUUGGAGCAUUGUGUAGUAUAAUAUGUUUACGCUUUGGUGUAUGACAAACACAGGGACGUCGCUACGGUUUUUCUCUGGGGGGGGGGAGGUCAAAAAAAUUUUUUUUGGUCCACAGUUAGCCUGUGGACCGAUUUUUCAAAAUUUUUUUUUCGUUUUUCCGCGUACAGGUACCUACCUGUGGAUUUUUUUUCGGAUCGGCUCUGGGGGGGAGUCACCCCGAACCACCCCCCCCCCCCAAACGACGUCCCUGGACAAACAUGAAAUUUUACAUUUUAUUGUAGCUACUAUAGUAGUAAUCUUUUUAUUUUUCAGUUUUGCCAACUUGUUUGAAGAGCUAGAAAGCCGAAAGCAAGAACUUCAAAUUGGAGCUUUUGGCUUAUCAUUCAACACUUUAGAACAGAUUUUCCUGAGAGUUGGUGAGAUAGCUGACCCUCAAGAACAACAUCAAGAAGAUAAUGCUUUGAUCGAAAAGGAUGCUGCUGAGUUAUUUACAUCUGAACGUAAGGUUUUUUAUUUUACUCUGUAAUUGUCAUUUUUUUUUAAAUUUGAAUUUUGCUUUAAAAUGGGACUUGAUUAAAAAAUAUGUUAACAUGAAAAAAUUGUUUACACGUUUUUUAUGUUAAGAAUAAUAUUUUUAGUUUUAAAUUUAAAUAAAAUAUUGUAUUUUUUGUAUUUGUAGAAGCUGAAUGUGGAGAUCAAGUCCUAUUCCUGAAGCAACUGUCGACUUUGUGUCAUCGUCAUUACCUAAACCUCAAGAGAAACAAAUGGCGCACCAUCAGUCCUAUUGUCGUAUCUCUGUUCCUCUUCGCUUUAUAUGCUGGAUUCCACAGUUAUGACAACACGAUCAAGAAUGAAACAAGAGACUUGAGCCUAUCACUACUCGACCCAUUAUCGGUACCAUUAAUUGUGUCACAAGGAUCUAACACCUCACUCAAUAUUCCAUUUUUGGUGGGAAAACUGCCUCAAAUGAGACUACUGAGUUUGUCAUCAUUGUCAAAUGUCACAGCAGAACUCAUAAAGAACGCUUAUGAAGAUCCACCAUUAGGUAUUGGAGCUCAAGUCAUGGCCAAUAACACGAUCAUGGCCUUGUUCAAUGGUGCUUAUCUACACGGACCACCAACAGCAGUGUCUUUGGUGACAAACUCGAUUCUAAAACAAGGUCCAGAAGCUAUCAGACUGACGGUGGAGGUCUACAACGUGCCUACACACGACUUUGAACAUGAGAAUAUUGCAAAGCAAGGAACUGAUGUUAACCUUGUUGUAGCCAUCAUUGCUAUCCUGGCUUUCUCAAGUUUGUCAUCGACUUUUGUCAUGGAAAUUGUGGAAGAUAAUGCGACUAGAUUCAAGAAUCAGUUGUUGUUAACUAAGAUGAACAUCUGGACAUAUUGGAGUAGUCUGAUCAUGUGGCAUUUGGCUAUAUACACGGUGUUCUGCUUGUUGUUAACGGUUGUAUUUGUGAUUUUUGGAUGGAUGCAAGGAGUUAUGUUGCAGUAAGUAAUAGGUUUUUUGAUUUUAAAGAUGUUUUUUAACAGAUAACAUAGUUAGAGCAAUGUUUGUAAGUUAAAUGGGAAUUUUGGCAUUAAAAUUGCUAGAGAAGGGUACUGUAAGAUGAUAUUCACUAUAAUGUUGUUAAUUUUAGAAACUUUUUUCUAUGGGCACUGUACCUCUGGUCGAUUCUACCCUUUGUAUACUGCUUCUCAUUCCUCUUCAACUCAUCCGUCAAAGCAUAUGCAGCCUUAUUAUGUUGGAAUGUUGUGAUAUCAGUGAUAGCUCUAAUCACUGACAUCACUUUCCAAGCUCUACAACUACCAAUCAGAGAUGUCUUCCACUACCUAACCUACAUUGUCUUACCUGCCUUCUCAUUGGGAAACGGUAUUAUUCAAGUGGCUAUUUAUGCUGGAAUUGAUAAUCUUCCAAAUGGCACGGUGUUUGAGGCUAUCAAAAGUAUCAUCUACUGUCAGCUGGCUGGAGGAUUCUUCUUCUGGAGCGUUUUGUGUGUUUUGGAGUCGAAGAAGAUUGCCUUAUUGGCACAUUCACUGCAUUGCAAGAUCAGGAGAAGUCCUUAUCAAAUUGUGAGUUUUCUUUUCAAAUUUUUAGGCUGCUUUUUGUGUUUUUAUAUUGUUUGCGAUACUUAUUAAAACAAAUAUUACCUGGUUUUAUCUAUUGCCGAUUUCGGAUGAUGUUUUGAAUGGUUAUAUUGUACAUGUGGUUGGCUUUUGAUGUAAUUUUAAAGUGACUUGAUAUCAAUUUAGAUCAAUACUCAGGUGGACGGUGAAGUCGAGUUGAAUGAAGACGAAGAUGUUACCAAAGAACGAGAGAACGUACGAUCAAAAGAAGACAAUGCUUUUGCUCUAACCGUCAGAGAAAUCUACAAAUUCUACGGCGAUUUCUGUGCUGUCAGAGGUCUGACAUUCGGAGUGAAACAAAACGAUUGCUUUGGAUUACUGGGAGUUAACGGAGCUGGAAAGACGACCACCUUCAGCAUCUUGACCGGCGAAAUGUUUGCAUCAGCAGGCAAGGCCACAGUAGAAGGUGUUGAUGUUGUUGAUAGCCCUACCAUCGGCUACUGUCCCCAAUUCGACGCUCUAGCUCUGGAUCUUACUGGUCGAGAACUUCUGACGAUCCUCGGAAGACUGAAUGGAUUCCACGAUGUGGAGCACCGUGUUCAGAAGGUACUUGACAGUAUCAGGAUGUCACCUCAAGCAGACAAACUGAUCAGUUUCUACUCGGGAGGACAAAAGCGAAGACUUUCGAUUGGAGUAACACUAAUGUCAAAGUCAACCUUCAUCAUGUUGGACGAACCGACUGCAGGUAUUGAUCCAUCGACCAGAAGGAAGAUCUGGCAGUUGAUUCAAGCCGUCAAGAAACAGAAUGUGGCCAUAUUGUUGACCAGUCACUCAAUGGAAGAGUGUGAAGCGUUGUGUAAUCGAAUCGGAUUCAUGAACAAAGGAGCCUUGAUGAGUAUUGGCAGCAGUCAGCAUCUCAAGAGCAGGUGGGUACUGUUAUUGGGUUUAUAUUAUUAUUGUGGGGUUAUAUUUUGAAUUUGGGGGUGAUUAGAUUGAAAUCUUGGCGUUUUUGGUUUUAAUCUUUUGACAAGGUUUUGUAGGUAGACAAAAUCUUGUAGUAGGUGAAAUUUGUUUAAAAAACCGAAAUUUUUCGAAUUUUUGGAAAUUUAAAAGGUUUCUAUUGAGUAAAUGAUGUAGUUAAAGUACAUGAAGACUGUUUUAAUACAAAUUUAAACGGAUUAACAGUUUUACUGACGAGUUAAACGGCAGUUUCAUUGAAAGAAGAAGUAUCUUUGAAUUUUAAACUUAAAAAAAGUUUAAAAAAGCAUUUGGGACAUUUAAAUUUAUGGAAAGGUACAGUAACCUAAAAAUUUGCAAAAAUUUUUUCUGGGGUUUCUAAAAUUUCAAAAAUAUUGUGUUUGAAAAAUAAUGUCUGUCUAAACAUUCUUCAACCUUUUAUGAAGUAUUUUCGUGGAAUUGUUGUUACCUCAAGUUUCGAGAUGCAUUCAAGUGCACGGCCAAAGCAUCAGAAACCGAAAUUAGGUGGAAUACGUGGAACGCCAUUGUCUACGGUUUCCGUUUCAAAUUCACUGCCAAAAUUACGGUGGAUUUGUACAUAGAACUUUGCAAAAAAUGUUACGUCAUAAACAUUUUUUUGGGUUGAAAAGGGCAAAAUUAUUUUAUGUAGAGUUAUUUUGAUUUUUAUUGGGUACUGUAUUGACAGAAGAUUUAUUUUUACUGGGUACUGUAAUGGAAACAAAAGUUUGGUUUUUACUGGCUGUAAUGGAAGAAAAAUGAGGCCUUGAUUUAUUGUUAGGUGCUGUAAUAGACAAGGUAAUUAAGUAUAGAAAAAAUGAGAGAGUUAUUAUUGUAUGAUGUUGAAGAUAAAAACAUUGUUUGUUAUUAAAGAAAUUAUUGUCUGAAUAGGUGAUGACGUAUUUUCGGAAAAAAUUUUAAGUUUACAAUAGAAUCACAAUAGUAUUUGAAUUUAGAUCUACUUUUCACGUUUUGAUGACAAUUGCUGUUUAUGUCACCUUAUGUAUGUGGCUUAAUUUUAUAGAAAUUGGGCUACUUUUACUUUGAAAAUUAUUUUAAAUAUCAAAUUUUGCUCUUUUGUUGUCUUCUUUUUGAUGUCAUUUCCUAAAAUUUGAUAAUAUUUGUUUACAAAUUUAUGUUGAUUUACAUUUGUGUUAUGAUCAGCUAUCUCAUGUUUGUAUAUAUCAAAUUUUGCAGUUUUUACUCAUAUAUGUUAUGCUCAAAAACCUUUUCUUUGAUACUUAAAUUUUGAGAAAAUAUAAUGUCAAACAAACAAAACCCCUUAAUGUUAAGUGUAAAUAAACAAUAUUGUUGCAGGUACGGUAACUCCUUCCUCCUAACCUUCACCAUCGCCAACCCAGAACCGGCGGUGAGCGCGGCGUUGGAUGCUCAAAUUACACACGAAUUCAACGUAAGAAUGUUUUAUUGGACUUGGGAGUUGGUGAAUGUUUAAUAUCCGUGGUUAUACCAUGCAAGUGCUUAAAAAUUUAUAACAUGAUGUUUGUUAACAUUUCGAACAUCUCGGUACAAGUCUUGGUAUAAGGAAAGGCUAAAACAUUUGAUAAUGUUAACAUACGGCGAGGAAUGAUCUUUGAAAUAGCUUUUUUUGAGUUUUGGCAAUGACUAUGUUUUAUUAUCAAUUUAAAACAAAAUUUGCCAAAUUCAUUUUAAAUUGGAAUAACUACAAGGAAUAGUAACGUAACAUUACUAUAGUAGGCGUUGUUAGCAGCCUUAAUUGACGAACUUUGUGAAAUCCAAAGAAACAUUUGACGUCGUAUCUUGAAAUAACUGAAAAAGUGUAAAAUAUCUGCGUGCAAUAACAUAAUGUAGGUGUGAGAGUAAAGAUUAAUGUUCUUAGAUAACUGAAGGUGUCUCUAACAUGAUAUACGGGUAUGAGUUGGGUUUGGAUGUGGAAACGAAGGUAGAAGGUCUUGUGGUUUGCGGUAUGACGUUUGGAGAAUGGAUAACGUGAUUUUUUGUUUUCUCUACAGUAUCUACUAAGGUAUGCUUAUUAUUUCUUGAAAAAUAUAAGAUACGAGCAAACACCACCGUAUAAAAUUGUUAACGACAAGGUGUAGGAGGCGAACAUACGAACAUGUGAUGAAGAUACGCGUGGGAAAGUUUGGCUCAAUAUGUCGUUUGGGUCGGGGUUCUAGAAUAACAUAUUCGAAUACCGAAAAACGGUCGGAAUCUACAUCCGGGUACGAUUACAGCGUUUAAACGACUACGGUAGUCUGGGCAAUAACAUGGUAAUACAAAAGUGGUUACCGCGAAAAACAAAUAAUUACAAUGGAUGUUUGAGGGGGUAAUGAAACGUGUGUGUGUGAAUGAAUUAUUGUAUACGUGUGUAGGUGAAUUGACAUACAAUGGUUUAUUGGAUAUGUCGAGGAACAUACGAUAUGAAAUACGUAUUUACAGUAAAGUAAUAUCGUUUGUUGAUGUAGCCGAUCUAAAAGUUUUUGUGAAGUGGAUUGUAGUAAUUGGCACGCUAUUACUGUGUCAUAGUAAGUACAAAAACAUACUGUUUAAAAGGGGUAUAGUAGGUAAACAUUUUUCAUGUAAUAGGCACAUAUUAAAUUUUAAUUGUAUCUGCACUUUUUAUCACGCUAGCCUAUUCUCUGAUGUUUUCACGGUCAUUUGUUUCCAAGAAGUUAAACAAUCGUAUUAUACACUUAAUUUUACGAUUAAAAACAAGGAUUUUAAGCCAUUCUACCAUAAAACAACAUCAGUAAGCCAAAUAUCUUUCACUUAAGUAAAGCUUCUUAUAGCCAUGCUUAUAGGUAUCAAAACAAGUGUUUUGUUUGGUAUUUCUUAGGAAGUGACUUUCGUUAUAAAAAUACAAUUUGAAAUGUGGAAAGAUACGACGUCACAAAUGUAAAUAUGCCAUUGUGGCCUUUCGCAAUGAGAAACCCGAAAUUAGGCGUCGUUAACAACGCCUACUAUACAAAUAUGUCUAAACUGAAAGGAGAAAAAUUGAAUUUUUAAGACUUAUGGGUAUAUUUUAAUGUAAAAUGGCAAGAGAACAGGGUAUAUAUAAGGUGUGAUAGAUAUUGUUUUACAUUGCACCUUACAUCUCCAACAAAAGAUUUACUGAAUAGUUGUUUGGGCAAUGAUUAUGUAUGUUAUACUAGCAUUUUGGGGCUGAAAUUAGCAUUUCACUACUGAAAGUUUAACGUAAAAUGAUAGAAAUAGACUUACUACUGAUCUGCAAUACUUAAAAUUUAUUAUUUUAGGCCAACUCGACAGUAGACCCAGCCGAAACCCCCACCCAGCACUGGGAGAUUCCUCGCAACGAUCAAACCUGGUCCAAGUUGUUCAAAAGAGCACAAGAAAUUGCUGAAAGCUACCCGGCGAAUGCUGUCUUGCCUCCAGGCAGCUCACAACCUCGAAUCCUGGACUUUUCUCUAACUCAAAACAGUCUGGAGCAGGUCUUCUUGAGGUUGGCCGAAAUGUCACACAAGGAACCACAGUUGAAUCGACCGGUGCAAUAA